AUGACCAACCAUCAGGCUACUGCAGACGACCUGGCGCCGUUUGUUUAUGAUCCUGUAGUUUUCAAGUUUUCCAAGUUGGUGAUUAAAUAUUCGCAGCUUAAGUAUGUGACUUUUACGAUUAUAGGUAUUGCUCUACUUUGGCCCUGGAACGCCUUCUUGUCUGCUUCAGCAUACUAUGCUGAGAGGUUCGGGCAUUCACCUGGCUUGGUCAAGAUAUACUCUUCUACCAUGAUGUCUGUUUCUUGCAUUACUUCUACGUGUUUCAAUUACUACUUGUCUCAGGCUCAAAGCGGUGUCAAUUAUACCUUCAGAGUCAAUGCCGGUUUUUGGGUGACCAUUGCUGUUUUUAUCUUCAUGGGCAUCUCAUGUGUUUCGGACUUGUUCAUUCAUAUGUGGGAUACGACGUUUUUCACUCUCUUGAUGUUUAUGGUUUUCACUUCUGCCCUCGCUACGUGUUUGGCUCAAAAUGGUACAAUGGCCAUCGUCAACGUCUUGGGAAGUAUAUAUGCCAAUGCUGUAAUGGUUGGUCAGGCGGUGGCAGGUGUUUUGCCUUCUUGUGCACUUAUUAUCUCCAUUUUGUUGGUAGGAGAGAAGAAAGGUUCUGCAACAGACGAUGACUAUGUCGUGGAGAAGAACUACGGUGUGUUUAUCUACUAUAUCACUGCCAGUUUGAUUGCUGCCCUAUCGAUUUUGCUUCUUUUCUGGACCGACCACUACCGUACUGUGACAGACUAUGAAGCUCUUAAUCAGAUUGCAGGCGAGGAACAGCCCUUGAGUGCAGCUUCCGAGCCAGAAUUAGUGCCAGUCAUGACCCAAGAAAAAUUUGUGCCUUUUUCUGUCUUGUGGUCGAAAUUAAAAUACAUUGUCCUGACAAUCUUCCUUACAUUCAGUAUUACAUUAAUUUUUCCCGUGUUUGCAUCGACCAUCGAGUCAACUCAUACCGAUUCGAAGAACAAAUUCUUCAAAAAAGAAAUCUAUAUUCCCUUCAUUUACUUGGUCUGGAAUCUUGGCGAUCUCUUCGGCCGUAUUCUCUGUGGAUUUCCCAGAUUGCAUAUGCUCAUAACAAACCCAAAAGUCUUGCUUUGGUAUUCGAUUUCUAGAUUGAUUUUCAUCCCGCUUUUCUUCACAUGUAACAUACAUCCAUUUACUGCUGCCAAUCAGUCCAGUGCCUUCAUUAACUCUGACUUGUGGUAUAUCUUCUUACAGCUUAUUUUUGGUAUCUCAAAUGGACAGUUAUGCACUUCCUGCUUCAUGAUUGUGGGAGAUCAUUGUGACAAUGAUGACGAAAAGGAAGCCGCAGGCGGUUUUACCACUGUCUUUUUGAGUGUUGGUUUAGCUGUAGGAGCCGUAUUGAGUUAUUUGUUGGUAUUAGCUAUUCAAUAG